GUUCUGCAAUAUUCCCUUCUGACCAAGGCCAGCUUUCCAAUGGAUUUACUGUGCGCUGGAUCGGCAGCGAUCUGAAGGACACUUUUUAUUUUGCACAACUGUUUUACUUUUGCAUCGGUAUAUUUAAGCUGCAGCCCUUGUAUUAAACCAGCGUCCUUCAUCCUCACAGCAAGUCUGGAGGAAGCAAGGUAAUGUGCGACAUCCUCUGGCUCAACAGGCUGCUUGAAAGAAAAGAACCAUCGCUAAAGAAAUAAGGUUGUGUGCCGUGGAUGUUAGUGACGACUCAGUACUGAACUGGCGCUGAAUCUGAAAAAAAAAAAAAAAAACGCUUAUAAAAUAAAUUUUAAAAAUAGAAAAAAAAAACCUUCCAUUAUCGUCUCUCGGCUACUACCACUGUGUAUACAAUGCCAGUCCUAACCAACCCAGAGAUUGCCACCAAAUUCAAGGAAAGGUGGAUGAUGCUUCAUCCAGAGGACCAGUACAACUUUAAUGGCUCUGUGAACCUGGACGAUAGCCUCACCAGCCUUCAGUGGCUGCAGGACUUUUCCAUCCUCAGCGCUAACCUAGAGAGACCCCCCAGCUCCGGCUACCACCCUCACCACCAGAUACACCACCAAUUCCACCAGAAGCACUUCCACAUGCCGGGCGGGGAUGCCCCAGCCAGUCCGCCCGCUGGAGACACAGCGGCUACUGGGAUGCCCUUCAGCCUGGGCAACCCCACCUCGGCCUCCACCUCCAGUAGAUCAUCGCCCAGUGGGAGUACCAGCUACCUGCAGCAACAAGCAGCCCACAGCCAUCACACUUCUACCCCUAUGAGCCCGCUUGAAGAGGUCGACUACAAGACCAAUGCUCAAGUUAAGCCCCCUUACUCGUACGCUACCCUUAUCUGCAUGGCGAUGCAAGCCAGCAAGAAAACCAAGAUCACCCUCUCGGCCAUCUAUAACUGGAUCACCGAUAAUUUCUGCUACUACAGACACGCCGAACCCAGCUGGCAGAAUUCAAUCCGCCACAACCUGUCACUCAACAAGUGCUUCAUGAAGGUGCCCAGGCAGAAGGACGAGCCAGGCAAGGGUGGCUUCUGGCAGAUCGACCCGCAGUACGCUGACAUGUUCGUCAACGGCGUCUUUAAGAGAAGGCGCAUGCCUGCCACUCACUUCAACACCCAGCGCCAGAGCAAAAUGUCGCCCAUUUCCGAGGCUUCUUGCAGUCCUCCGGAUCACAGCUACCUGCACCAGCCCAUGGGUGAGCAUCAUAUUGGCAUGAACCACAUGGGCACUGACCACUUCAUCUCACCGGCGGAGGUGCACCGGCCGGGCAGCAAGCGCAAGCAGCCAGUGCCCAAGAGAAAUGGCAAGGUAGCUCGCAGCUCCAAAUCGCCCCUGCUGGCACCAGAGAUCAAGGAAACGGAGGCCCUGAAAGGGGACUUCGACUGGGCGUCCGUGUUUGAUGAAGUCUUCAACGGAAACGGCAGCAACUUCGAAGACUUGGACAUUAAUGCAGCCCUCAGCUCCCUUGGCUGUGAGCAGUUGGACCUCACCAUUCAAGGACGCCACAUUAACACCAACGGCAAGUGGUGCACGGCCAGCAUGGAACCGCAGUGCAGCUUUGCAGAGGUCAGCGGUACCAAUCUGCAGUUUCAGCAGCAGCAGCAGCAGCAUUUGGAAGAGUUCACUUUCUUCUCAGACCCCCCGCGACACCCCUGGGAGGAGAUCAAGGAAGAGGUGCAGGCCAUCCCUUUGAAUCUUGACCAGAGCUUUAACUUCUGCGAAGGCUUUUUCAAUGAAAUGCAGCAGUGGGAGAGGGUCGACGCCUAUCUGUGACACCCCGCCCAUCCUUUUCCCAGUUAAAGGACACAGACUAAAGUUUUGCUACAUUAGCAUCUUAAGCUCUUUGAUUGAGCACGGACAGAGACCCAGCUUGUUUGUUUUGUUCAAGUGAAGCUCUAGAUGCUUCUUUUCUGUUUUGUUUUAUAAUAGGGUGACCGUACCACUGAAGCCGAAGCACUGUCAAUGGUUCUAAUAGCAAAGCAAGUCGACAAAGGGUUGCAUUACUUUUGUGGUUCAUUGAUGAUUACCAGAUUGGUACCACCACACCAACUGUGCAAACAAAGAAACAGUUGCAAUAAAGGAACAGGGAGGAAUGAGUGAAAGCCUAAUAGUGAAAGGUAAUUAGAUGUCGCAUGCACUUGCCACUUUCAAAAAAAAAUACUGUUGCAUUAGUGAGGAGGAGAGCAAACUAAUGAUCAAUAUCAAGGAUAUAUAUAUAUAUAUAUAUAAUAUAUAUAUAUAUAUAUAUUAUGUAUUAUGUGUGUGUUUUUUAAAUCUGUUGGGAUCUAAGUACAGUACCAGUUGUAAUCAUUUGUAAUGCCUAGCCCUUUAAAAUCUAUUACAAGUUCUUUGGCCAUUAAAGAUAAAUAAAGCAAUAUACUGUCUAAUAGCAGGUCCGUGACUGUUAAGGCAAUUUACUGUUUAAUAAAGUACAGUGGCUGAGAGGCUGAUGCAAGGUCAUUCAUAGUUAUGUUACCCUCAUAUUCAAUGAUGCGCUGCACAGCUGAAGGUCUCACUGCAGUGUAAUCUAAGUGCUGCUCCAGUGUGGACUGCAUCAGUUCUUAUAAGGAUGAUGCUGCUCAAGCCCAUGGGGCUUUUUUCAGGGCCCCAACAGUUUCUUACUACAAGUUUAUUGAAGUAUUAUGCAUUUAUUUAACGCUAGUGUUUGUGCGUUUGAGUCUGAGUGUGCUGAGUGUUAAAUAUCAGGCACUAAAAUGUAGUUUAAUGGUAAAAAGUAUAGAACUUGAGCUUCUAGCCCUACAAAUUUGUAUGGUAGCCAGAGCUUCAGAUUCUAGGCUGGGUUUGGAACUCAGAUUGCAGCAAACAGUUUAAAAUACAUUUGAAAAUCAGCCUUGGCUUCUCAAACACUGUACUACUACAACUAAAAACAAAGGAAAAUGUCCUGGUAACACUAUAACACUUUAUUAUUAUUAUUAUUAUUAUUAUUAUUAUUAUUAUUAUUAUUAUUAUUAUUAUUGGAAUUAGAGUACUGUUAAAUGUAGUUUUGUGGAUUUCUUUUUAAUUAAUGUAAGUUAAGAAUAGUGGUACUGUACUGUAUCAGAGAAUGUUACUGUGACUGGUGUUUAGAAUGGACAGUGUUUUCUUAUAAGAAUUUCCCUGAUUCACAAGACCACGCUAGACUGAAUUUAUACUGACAACGGGUACAGGAAGAUCUCAAGGAUUGUCUAGAGCUAAUGGUCCAGGGACUUGAUGGGAUAAAUGACUUGGUCUAUGCAGAAAUGUAUUCCUUUGUGGAGAUGAGUCCUGACCCCUGAUAAUACUCCUUAAGGGUUUUCAAGACUGUUCUGGCAUUCUACAGUUAUCACCUUUGUUUUUUAAACUUUCAUUUCUCUGUGGGGGGAAAAGAGACUAAAAAUGUUAAUACUGCUCCCAGAUUUUACUGCAGGUUUUAUUGCAAUCUGUAUGCUUCUACUGAAAUAUCAGAAUUUGCAGGAAGCUACAACACAGGUUCGUUUUUGGCACAGCUGCUUUUGUUUGCUUCUACAACAGAAUAACGCCUUGAAUCCUGCAGCCAAAAAUACUUCAAAUGAUAAAUAAAAACUAUAUGGGGGGUUGGGUUGUAAAAAAAAAAAAAAAAAAAAAAAAAAAGAAAGAAAUUUAUAUAUAUUUGGUGUGUUUGUUUGCUGGGAUCACUGUCAAGUACUCACCGAACAGACCAUCUCACCAAUGUGUGCAAUCUCACAUUUUGUAUUCAAAUGCUGUAUGAGAAACUUCACUGCAAUAAAUAUUGUGGUUUAAAAAAACAAACAAAAUAAAAA